CGAGGCAGCGGGGGAGGGAGGGCCUCGUUUACUCGCCGGGGCGUUCGACGUGGAGCCUGCGGGCGGCGGCGGCGGCGGCAGGGCCAGCGGGGCAGGGCCGGCGGGGCAGGGCGGGGGUGCCCGCGGCGCGGCGUAGCGGCUCGACAUGGGGGGCUUUUUUUCCACCAUCUUUUCCAGUUUGUUUGGAACUCGAGAGAUGAGGAUUCUCAUCCUGGGACUGGAUGGAGCUGGAAAAACAACUAUUCUCUAUAGGUUACAAGUUGGAGAAGUUGUUACCACCAUUCCGACCAUCGGCUUCAAUGUUGAGACAGUGACAUACAAGAAUCUGAAAUUUCAAGUUUGGGACUUGGGAGGACAGACGAGCAUAAGGCCGUAUUGGCGGUGUUACUAUUCAAAUACAGAUGCAGUCAUUUAUGUAGUGGACAGCUGUGAUCGAGACAGAAUUGGCACCUCAAAAUCAGAGCUUGUUGCUAUGUUGGAGGAAGAAGAGUUGAAGAAAGCCAUUUUGGUGGUGUUUGCAAAUAAGCAGGACAUGGAACAGGCCAUGACUCCCACAGAAAUGGCGAACGCACUUGGCUUACCCGCUUUGAAGGACCGAAAAUGGCAAAUAUUCAAAACCUCUGCAACUAAAGGCACCGGGCUUGAUGAAGCAAUGGAAUGGUUGGUGGAGGCCUUGAAGAGCAGGCAGUGAUACAAACCUGACCAGUGCAAAGAAGUUUAAGCUCUAUCCACCAUCCCUCUUUCUGCAGUCAAGUAUUUUCAGGCCCCAAAUACUUGUAAAUAGAACAGAUUUGAGUUUGACUCCUACACUGUGGAUGCCUCUCUUGAAUUGUAAAACUGAACCAAGUGAAUGUCUGUGUACAUUACGAUGAUUCCAUUUCUGGGUUUCUGUUUAAAGGAUGUACUUAUGUUAAUUUGUAUGAAAGUCUUGCUGCCUGGGAAAGGCUUUUUUUUGUUCCCCCGCUUCAGUGGUUUUAAGUUUGGCUACUCUCUUCAUGUACUUAAAACACUAAUAAAAUCUGGAACUGUCA